GGCAGCCGGGCUGGCGGCUCCGCGGCCGGGAAAAGAGAGGACAGAGGCUGGGCCGGGCCCGGAACUGCGGGGGCGGCGGCGGGUCAUGGACCGGUUCGUGUGGACCAACGGCCUCCUGGAGAUCAAUGAGACGCUGGUGAUCCAGCAGCGUGGGGUCCGCAUCUACGACGGCGAAGAGAAGAUAAAAUUUGAUGCCGGAGUCCUUCUUCUCAGUACACAUCGACUUAUCUGGAGAGAUCAGAAAAAUCAUGAAUGUUGCAUUGCUAUUCCUCUUUCCCAAAUUGUAUUCAUUGAAGAGCAAGCAGCUGGUAUUGGAAAAAGUGCCAAAAUAGUGAUUCAUCUUCACCCAGCUUCUUCCAACAAAGAGCCUGGCCCUUUCCAAAGCAGCAAGAGCUCCUACAUUAAACUUUCUUUCAAAGAGCAUGGCCAGAUUGAGUUUUAUAGGCGUUUAUCAGAAGAAAUGACUCACAGAAGAUGGGAAAAUAUGCCAGUGUCUCAACUAAUGCAAAGGAAGAAUGGGCAAGAGCCAGGAAGAGUAAGAGCUGUAGGAAUUGUAGGAAUUGAAAGGAAGCUAGAAGAAAAGAGAAAAGAAACAGACAAAAACAUUUCUGAGGCUUUUGAAGAUCUCAGCAAGCUCAUGGUCAAGGCAAAGGAAAUGGUUGAAUUAUCCAAAUCUAUAGCUAAUAAAAUUAAGGAUAAACAAGGUGACAUCACAGAAGAUGAAACUAUCAGAUUUAAAUCCUACUUACUGAGCAUGGGUAUAGCUAAUCCAGUUACCAGGGAAACACAUGGCUCAGGUACACAUUACCACAUGCAGCUGGCAAAACAACUAGCAGGAAUACUGCAGGUGCCUUUAGAGGAACGAGGGGGAAUAAUGUCACUCACGGAAGUGUACUGUUUGGUGAACCGAGCUCGAGGAAUGGAACUGCUCUCACCAGAGGACUUAGUAAAUGCAUGUAAGAUGUUGGAAGCACUGAAAUUACCUCUCAGACUCCGAAUUUUUGACAGUGGUGUUAUGGUCAUUGAACUUCAGUCCCACAAUGAGGAGGAGAUGCUUGCCUCAGCUUUAGAGACAGUAUCAGAAAAGGGAUCUCUUACAUCUGAAGAAUUUGCCAAACUUGUAGGAAUGUCUGUCCUCUUAGCCAAAGAAAGGUUGCUUCUUGCUGAAAAGAUGGGCCAUCUUUGCAGAGAUGAUUCAGUGGAAGGCUUGCGAUUUUAUCCAAAUUUGUUCAUGACCCAGAGUUAAAGAUUUUGUAAUUGUAAUAUUCUUUACCCAUAUCCUUUCAUCAUGCAAUGGCUGAAUGACAGAAAACUAAGAGAUAAACCUUUAUCCACUUAGGAAUUUUGGUAGAGUACUGCAAUACAGGACAGCUUUUCUAGUGUUUUUCCCUAAAUAGAAUAUCUUAGGAAGGUUAUUUAGGAUUAAUAUAGAAAGAAACUAAAGAAAAAAGCUGUCAUGAAAAUUAAAUCAUGUUAUGUUUAUGUUGACCCUUCUUGGGUCAAUGUAAAAUAAGAAUGUCUAACUGGAUCCUUUAAUUCAACUGCUUGGAAAGAAGGGAGUUUAGUUCAUGAGAAUAAACCUGGCCUAGUAAUGGUUAUGUUGACAAUGUGUCUGCAUUGGAUUGAAUCACAAUAGGAUUCAUGUUUGUGUCAAAUGUUUACCCAUCUGGGGUAUCUGAAAUAUGCAGUGCAGUGAUGAAACUAUGGCACCAGUGAAGUACAAGGUGAAACUGGUUGACAUAUUAAAUACCUCCUCUGAGGGAAUUUUGGAAGCAGUCAUAGGCUAUGUCUCUUUCAGAGGCCAGAUCAAGAAUCCUUUUUAGCAUUUUAUUUGGCUUACUUAUGUAGGGACUUGAUGCAGUAAUUUCUAUUUUCUAGUGGUGAAUUCAUGACUGGCAUUUAAAGAAUGCACCUAUGUCAUUUUACUUUUAAAAUGCAUUGGAUUUUGAAAUUGAAUUAAGAAGCUGUUUAGACAUGUGUAAAGGGAUGAUUCCAAAUUUGGGAAUUAGCUGCCCUGAGGAUAUGUUAAGUCUGCUAUAGAGAACCCUGAAUCAGCCAUCAGGAACCUGGAAAGUUAAUUGUCUUUUUUCUCAGAGUAGAAAAAGAAGAAAGUUAGAAAACACACACACAUACACCCAUAUCUCCAUCCUUUCUUCCUUUACAGCAAUGAACAAUUCUGGUGCACUACUAGCAAGUCAUUCUACCAUAUUCCAGCAAUAUUUUUUACUUCUGUUUGCCCUGAUUUACUUAAUAACAUGCAAAAAAGCCUGCUUCUUGGUAUUACUGCUCUGUUUAGAAAAAUAUUACUGAGAGAAAUAGAUCCUGAGAUCAAAAAAAUGCUGCCACUAUUGAAAAUAGUUCCAGUUUUACAACUAUACAAUAUAGUAAUAAUGGUAUAACUUAGGCCACGCGCCUAACGUCAGGAUGGGACCCCCUGCACAGACUGGCCAAGGAGAUGGAGUAGGAGGGUGAGGAUAAUUUUUAACUGGGACUUUGUAGCAUGUGUAUACCAUUUUACAGGAUGAUCAGUAACCAUACUCUUGAGAACCAACCUUCAGUGACUAAGUAUUUAGCCAACCUAAGAGGAAUCCCCAUUUUUAUACUUGAGUCUCUCUAAGGGACUUCUGAGAUGUGUGAGAUCAAUCUGUGUAUCACUGCUGGCAACCAUUCCAGGAUCCUGGUGUGGAGAUCUCAAGGGAUUUCUAGCCUCAUACUCAGAAAAUACCUCCUGCUAGGCCAGCUAGCCACUCUCUUUAUACAAGUGUCAGUUCCUGGGUAUCAGCUUUAGCUAUUUAAUAUCUGUAGAGCACCAACAGAAGUGCUGCCUCUAGAGAACUUUGUUCUAGGUACCGUUUGCUGGCCCACACUGUUCUGCUAACAGUUCACUGAUGAGUGAACUCCCUCAUUCAAACCCUUAAGUUUGUUCCUAGGUAUCCCUAGAAUUUUUAGACCUCCAAAGAUGCAAAGGAUGCUUUUAUACACAACACAAAGAAAAAUCUCAUUUGUCAAGUUUGGGUUUUUUUUAAAUGACAAAUGCUUCCACCCUGAUCCCUCUUACUUUUCAAUAGUAAGCUGUUCCACAGGUUGUAGAUACUAGGCAAUGGUUCAAGCUUUAAGGGUUAAGAUCAUUCACAACAAAUUAAUGUGAUUCAGGCAUUAUGUUUACUUUCAUAUGACAGCAGCAAAAUAUGAAUGGGGUACCAAUAACCAACUACAAAGUGAAGGGAACUGGAAAGGGAGGGGAAAUUGCAUAUAGACACUAUUCUGGAGGCAUUAUCAUCUUUUGAAACAAAAUAUGUUUAGACACUUUAGGGAUUUCUUGUUUUGCAUUUUUAAGUGGGCAUAUUUCCACUAUUUCUUGUCCCAAACUCUGUUUUUUGUGACUUUGAACUCUCAUGGGGGCAUCAUUCAGGUCUUGCUCUUCAGAGGUUAUGUUGAAGUAUGAACUAUUGGACCCUGACUCCCACCUAAAAUGCUGUCUCGGUGCUUUUCAUAAUUGGUAUGUUUAUUAUUUAGUGCUUUCAUGACUUACCUCUUAGAAGCAUUAAGACACAGACCUGUAUCCUUAGCUUUAUUAUAAUGGCACUUCUUGAGCCACUUAUUGUCGACAAAACUUUCUACUUUGUGUAAGUAAAGAUCUUUUCAGGGUUAAAUUAAAUGAUUGAUACAUAAUAUAUAUUAAUAAAUCAUCAUAAUAAAAAGAUUUUUCCUAA